AUGCCAGUGAUUUCCAGGCAAGUCCUGCAUUCACGUCGUGUGGGGAGGAUCAAACAACGAUUGAGUGUUCAUGAUCGAAAGAAGUUUGACCCCAAGGCUGCUAGUUCGGAGGAUUGUGAAGAACUUCAGUAUAAAAAAACAUGCCCUUCUUAG